CAAUGGGGAGGGCGAACAGAAAAUUACCAAAUUUUGGGAAAUGAUCGGAUCCGAUGGCACGACUGAAACCGAAUAAAAGCACUAGGCCGCGGCUGUGUCAAACGAGAUGCCGCAGUUCGUAGUUCGUACUGCGGCGCUGGCUUCUCAGGACAUGACGUACCCGAAGCAUUCGUGCAGUAAUCACGGUCAGAGGACGUUUCCGAGUCGGCUCUUUCUGUAUUUCACGUUUUCGAAAUAGAUAAGACCGAACCGGGCGGGUGUCGCGUCAACGUCGUGCCCUGCGUCGAACGAGCUCGCUUGACCGCGAACGUUCCGAGUGACAAGUUUCGCCGUUGUUGAAAAGGGUGUGGGCCACGACGCCAGGAGAAACGUUUAGAGAGACAGUUCGGAGUCGGAGUGUUCGGAGGCUGAGGACUCAAAUGAGUUAGGGGCCAUCGUCAGCCCCGGGAUCUGCGCGAUGGACACAGUGGACGGUGCCAGCAAGCGGCAAGCUACCCGUGUCUUCAAGAAGUCUAGCCUCAAUGGAAAAAUCACGGUGUACCUCGGCAAGAGGGAUUUCGUCGAUCACAUAACACACGUCGACCCUAUCGACGGGGUCGUGCUGAUUGACCCGGAGUACGUGAAGGAUCGCAAGGUCUUCGGUCACGUUCUGGCCGCGUUCAAGUACGGCAGAGAGGACCUCGACGUUCUCGGAUUGACGUUCCGCAAGGACCUUUACUUAGCCGCGGAGCAGAUCUAUCCCGUGUUACCCGGCACCCAACAGAGGAAACUCACGCGGUUGCAGGAGAAGCUGAUCAAGAAAUUGGGGAGGGACGCGUAUCCGUUCUACUUCGAACUCCCGCCGCAUUGCCCGGCGUCAGUCACGUUGCAACCGGCGCCUGGCGAUACCGGCAAACCAUGUGGCGUCGAUUAUGAAUUGAAAGCUUUUGUGGGCGAGACUCAGGAUGACAAACCACAAAAACGUAACUCGGUGCGUCUGGCGAUACGCAAGAUCAUGUACGCGCCUUCUAAACAAGGCGAACAGCCUUCGGUGGAGGUGAGCAAAGAGUUCGUAAUGUCUCCGAACAAGCUUCACCUGGAAGCGUCCCUCGACAAGGAGCUGUACCACCACGGCGAGAACAUCGCGGUGAACGUGCACAUAGCCAACAACAGUAACCGGACGGUGAAGAAGAUCAAAGUGUCCGUGAGGCAGUUCGCGGACAUCUGCCUGUUCUCCACCGCCCAGUACAAGUGCACGGUCGCAGAGGCCGAGAGCGAUAUAGGGGUAGCGCCAGGAUUCACCCUGAGCAAGGUGUUUUCUCUAAGGCCGACGCUUGCUGACAACAAAGACAAGCGAGGUCUUGCUCUAGACGGUCAACUUAAGCACGAGGACACCAAUCUCGCAUCUAGCACAAUGGAGGGGUGCCCGGUGGGGCCAGGUUUCACGCUGAGCAAAGUGUUCUUUCUGACACCGCUUCUCGCCAACAACAAAGAUAAAUGGGGCCUGGCCCUCGAUGGCCAGAUCAAAGACGAGGACACCAAUCUGGCGUCCAGCACCCUUGUGGUCGACCCGUCGCAACGCGAGAACCUUGGAAUCAUCGUCCAAUACAAAGUCAAAGUGAAACUCUGCCUCGGGCCCCUCGGAGGGGAAUUAGUGGCGGAAUUACCGUUCAUCUUGAUGCAUCCGAAACCGGAAGAAGAGGAACCGGCGGCACCGGCCACGCGGCCAAGUCCGACGCAAAAGGCGGACAGCGGCGAGAUACCGUUGGACACCAACCUAAUUCAAUUAGACACGGAGGUGGACGGGGACGACGAUAUAAUUUUCGAGGACUUCGCUCGUCUGAGGCUGAAAGGCGAGACGGAUGCCUGACCAAAUGGUUCGAACUCCAUCGACCUAUUCGACACAUCCAAGUGUCCGAUGUUCCAAAACGCAGCGACCCCGACCAAAACCAGCCAGUUAAUUCUGUAAUGAUCUGACUGAAAUUGACCGAGGAAGAAAUCGAUCGUCAGAACCAGAGAACUGGUCGGGAUAGAUAAAUGGGAAUCUUCAUUUGUUAUCGCCCGUUCCCAAGUUUGACAAUGGAACACCUCCAGAAUGGUACUAAUCAUCAUCGCACAGUGAAUAGAACGCACCCUGAUCGUCUGAGAGGAGCGAGACGUAGUUCGGGUACAAGAGGAUUAGAUAUUGUAUAGAUUUACGCUUUGACACAUUUCACUUUAUGAUGAGAUACGAUGAAGCACCUAAGACUGAGUCGUCGAUGGAGGUUACGUGAUGAAAGUUUAGCCAAUCGCGUAUUUAUUAAUAGAUCUAUCAAACGUUUUCUCUGAACGAGUCUCCGACUACGAGACCAUAAACACACGUUUUCGUAAUGUUAAACCCAUGGCCAGUAUGCAGAAUACAUCUCAACGAUCGCAUUUUAAAUCCAACGGAGAUAAGAGUUGACUUCGCACCAAAUGCCGCACAUUAUUUAUUUCGUCCCCAUGCUGAUCCACUCUAGGCGAGACUCAAACGACUCUUGUAUUUUUCAUGAAACAUCUGCUAGAAUUUUCUCACCUUUCAAACACGAUUAAAGAGACAAGCGAACCUACACGCUUCGAUAGCUAGAACAGCCUUCCUUCCGUUCCCUACGCAUUCAUCAGAUGCAUAAAAUCUGCAGUCUACCGACGACACGUAUUUAUCGCAGGUACAGCCUUUUAUCGUACUAAAAAAAAAAAUAUCUUUUCCAAUGAAAACUGUAGCUCCCUCGAUUUUCUCUCCGCUCCGCUACAGUUUUAACUGCGAAAAGCUCAGACUGAGAAAGCCGUGUAACAGAUCUCACGCGAACCGAGUUCUCUUUUUCGACGCAUCGUUCAAAGUCAUGUAACGCUACAACGUUGUGCGAGUGUGAGUAUGAAACAAUUGUGCGCCAGCUAAUUAGAUGUAAAAAGAUGAUUAAAGCUAAAAAUUGCAUUGAUUGAUUAACGAAGUUAAUUUGCCAAUGAAAUCGAAUAUUUUCUUGGACAUCGCAGUAAAUUCAACGAAUCCUAUUUAAACGUUAUAUAAUAUACAUACAUAAAUACAUAUAUAUAUAUAUAUAAAUAUAAAUAUACACGGACACAGACUCUGCACCGUAUAUAUUAUAAUUAAUAACGUUAAACGGUUAAGCAAACUAACGAACAAAAGAACAGUUUAGCUUUUACACAUUUGUACGUCGACGACGAGGGAACGAUUCAGUUUUUUGCUAAGCAUUUGAUCAACUUUUCUAUUACUUUUUUAUGUAUCGCGUUUUUUAUUAUAAAUAUCCUAGUGCCAUCCCGACUGCUCCGAUUAAGAAACUGCAGGGAAUCGUUUCGUUUGUUUCGAAAAACAAGAUCGCGCGGAUUCAGCUCGUUACUCGCAUCGUUACAAAGACUGUUUCGGUAUCGGCUGUACUAUAAGCUAUUUAACACAAUUCCCGCGGCAAGGCAGACAAUUUCAAGCGUGCGUGACCGAGAGAGAGAGACAAAGAGAAAGAGGAAGGGAUCAUUCCAGGUGUUCGUGAUUAAUCCUUAGAAACAGGCAAUUACGAAAUAAUCGAGUCGCAGACAAAGUCUACGAAUUAUUAGUCAUCGAUUCUCUCUCGAGUCUGCGACUCGACACCCUUGUAUGUCGUAUUUAGUAUAAAUCGCGUAAGUAUUAACGCGUGCGGAUAAUUUUUCCGCGUCGACGAGUGUAAGUUUAGUAUAAAGUUUUGCGUCUCAAGUGGAGACUCGUGGCUCAAAGCUGAAGAGAACGAACGUUUCAAUUAUUAUCAUCAUCCACGGACGAGGAUUAAGAGGGGAGGAUUUUUCGUUAGGAAAAAGUCAAUUGAUUCAGAUUGAGAGUUCUCUUCGAUUUUGAACCGGAAUAAUAUUCAGCCAGGGCAACGUUGACCGUGCUGCUGGCCUUUUCAAACGUGCACAUGUAUAUAUACGCAAACGACAAGGAAAGAAAAAAAAAAAAUAGUAUUUUUUAUCGAUCUAGCAUUUGCGGAGUGUAUUUAGGAGAGAUUAUCGAUUAUAUACCAAAGCCAGCAUCUCUCAUUUCAGUGUAUUCUUCGGCGAGCGUGGCUCCGAGAGAGCGGAGGAACAACGCGGACAUAAUUUAUUCGAUUGUUCCGACCAGCCGCAUAAGUAUGUGUAAAUGUCGAGUUAAUGUUUCAAAUUCUGUAGGUAAGAACAGUGUGCCAGCAAGUUUGGAUGACAAUCUUUCCGUUUCAUUGAUCUUCGUUAUGAUUUCUCGGCCGAGACGUAGUUGAUAUACCUUGGAUCCAAACUUGGGCACGCGUGUAACACGUAGAGAAAGAGAGAGAGAGAGA